AUGGGAAUCACUAGUUCUCUCCUUUGCUUUUGGUAUUGUUGUAUUUACAGUUAUUUCGAUGAUUUUUAUUUGUGAUAUUAUGAUGAUUUACUGUAUCUUGUGAUUAUAUUUUAUUAAUUUUCCUCAGUCUAUAACUUCUAACAACAUUAAUGUAAUCAUUUGGAAGUGAAUUAGCCAUUCGAUCAGAGAUCAAAGCAGUUUUCAAAUCAUCAAGUCUACUUUCUACAUUAAUUAAUAUAGAAACCAUUCAAAUACUGCUGAUUCAAUUGAAGGAUUCAUUGGUUGUCACAGAUGAUAAGGUUUAUAAUGCUGAUGAUGGUGGUGGUGAAGAUCCUGAUGUAAAUGUCAUCAUUGAAAAAUGAUUGAGAAAAGAGAAAGAGACAACAAAGACAGAAUGAUUCAGUUGAUGCAGGAAAAUAACAUAUGUCACUAUUGAUUUCUUUAACCAGUGUUUUGAUCGGAUUUCGGUUAAAUUUGACUUUGACCAUCAGGAAUUGUGUCAAUGCGUUCAUGUGCUCUGGUUCAUCUGUCAAAAUCUGGUGUUGAUGUGUCAUGAGUUGAUAUUUGCCAAGUGAAAAUAUAGAGACAAUAAAACAACGCAAUUGUGAUUAUGAGUUUACUCGAGGAUGAUGGAUCAUUAGUAAACACAACUGGCGAUCAUAACGAGGAUGCGGAAAUCAAAAAAGAUGUAUGUUACUGUGGUACCGAUGCUGACGAAGAGACUAAUGAUGAUAGUGACGAGGAGGAAGAUGACGACGAUGAUGAUUUAAAUUACUAUACUGAUAGUCCGGCAGAGUGUGGAAGUAAUAAUAGAGAUGAAAGAUAUACAAACCGAUUGAAGAGACUGGAAGAUGAGCAAGAACAAUUAAAUUGUUCGCUGAUUGCUCUGACAUCACAUUUUGCUCAAGUUCAAUUGAGAUUGAAGCAAAUUGUAGAAGCAUCAUCCGAGGAGAAAGAAGUUUUACUCAAACAGCUCGAAGAGUUUGCUUUUCGUGGUAUUCCAGAUCUUCGGGAACCCUCCAUACCUCAAAGAAUAUCUGAAAGUGAAGACGAAGACUCUAAAUCAUUGAUUACAAAUGAUAUAAAUGUCAAUAAUAAACUAGAAUUUCAAAGACAACGGCAAAAAGAGUUGAUUCACAAAUUAAGGGAUCAAUUGGAAGAGUUGGAACAAUAUGCGUAUGAAACGGGCCAGAGUAAAGCGUUGCCAUCAUCUUUAUUGUUAGAGCGACAAACAGUUAUAAUAGAGCAGUUGAAAGGUAAACUUCCAUUACAAUUAGAUCAAUUUGAUAAAUUAUCUACCGAGGAAUUAAGACGCCAAGUUGAUGACGCAAUUAGAGAGCUUGUCAACCCUGCUCUAAUGAAAGAGCAAUUAGUUAAUCAAUUGAAAACUCAAGUUAGCGAUUUAGAAAGGUUUAUUGAAUUUCUUCAAAUAGAGGAAUGUGGUGUACGAAGAGGUAAAAGAGGUAGCAAGUGUACCUGUAAUUGUCCAUUGCAUGGAAACGCUCAAAGAGCUUUGGUCAAGAAAAUAGACUUAACUCCUGAUAGGAUGAAAGAUCGUCGUCCUGGUAGACGAGAAAAUGGUAGACGUAGUUUAGCUGGCGAAGGAAGCUUCUCUCGAGAUCGAAAGGAAGUUGUUUUUCGUAUUAUUCGUCGAGUUGUUACACUUCUUCAAUUGUUUACAUUCGCUCAGUUUGGCUGCAAUGGAUUAGGUCAAACACUAGAACGUAGUAUGGCCAAGAAACAUUCCAAAGGAAAUCAUUGGGGAGAUCUAAGAGCUAAAUUGGAGAUGGCAAUAAUCAAAUUACUGGAAAUUAAUGAAGAAAAAUCUUUCAAUGAUUCAGAUUACACCAGUGAUGGUGAAGAGAUUCCAGUUUUCCAAUAUAAUGAAAAGAUGACCAAUGCUGUUCGUAAAGAGUUCUGUAUUUGUUUGAAAGAUCUAAUUGAACAUGGUUUAACCUGCAAAUACAGUGGACCCAUCGGAACCUCACUCAUACCAUCUUAUUUCAUCGGUUUAGGAUGUUUUUCAGCGCGAUCAGCUCAAUUGUCUCAUGAUCGUUCCAUGACCGCUUGGGAUUUGAUACUCAAAUACUACGAGUUAAAGAAUGGCCAACAAUUCAACUCUUGUCCCGCUCGUCGACUUUCCCAGAGUUUUAAUUUAGAGAUUGUUGGAAAUGUUGCCAUCACACCGAAACAUUCACUUCUCACAGCUAUUGACAAUAUUAUUCAAACCCACACCAAAUUGCGACGAAGUCCAGACAGUCAUUUCAAAGCUUUCAUUUGUGAAGCAUUGAAUCAGCGAAAAUUGGUUGUUUGGUUAAAACUGAUUCUUAAAAAUCGUACUCUAUUGGAUAGCUAUUAUGAAGAAUGGAGUUACACCGCUUCAACUGGAUGGGAAGAUGCUUUUGCUAGUCUCAGUAAAUUAAACGAAAUAAAAUUCAAAUUACCCACCGAUUGGGCUGUUCGUCAACUACAGAACAUUAACGAUGCCUUUAACUGAUCUCUUUCCUUUUUCCUUUAAGAUUAUAUUGUUUUAUGUAUAUUUAAUCAAUUCUAUCAUUCCAAUGUUACAAAAUCCAACGAUUAAAGAAAGAAAUCAAAGAA